GCAGGAAGAAGUUUCAAAACUCAGUACAACCCUGAACCAAACAAAAUAUAUUCUUUUCAUUUAUAAGGUUGCUUUAAUCUCAAUGAUCAUAAUAAACAAGAUGCAUUUAUAAGGUUGCUUUUAUUGUAUAGAUGCUGAAAUCGGCAGACAUUUCAGGACAAAGGAUUGACUGAUCACUGACUGCAGACCUUCUCUGUGUCCUUAUUACUGGCAUCUCUUCUGUGCUGGGCGAGCUGUGACAUGUCUGUGUCUUCGUGCUCAGACAAUGCAAUAUGGAGCCUCUUUUGGAUCCCCCAUGGGAGGGAACCAAUACCAAGGAAACAGCAUCCUCAGAACUAUAUCUUGCGGGUAAGAAGCUCAACCUGUAUGUCUAUCCGGAUGGAUGUAAACGGUUCCUCCAGCUGACAGAUGAGCAAAGCCCCCAACUUCUGCAGGUGGAAUUAAUCCGAUUAUGUAGCAAUGACAUACUGAUUACUCAGGCGGUGUCUACUCUACCCAUCUUCCGUGGGCUUCAGUACCUGCUUCUGAGAGGUGAACAGAGACAGAAUGAGACAGGUGAAAUCUGCCAUGGUCUUCUAACCACUCUUCCAUCUGAACUAGGGAAUCUCUCAAACCUUUUACACUUGGAUCUCAGUUAUAACAAUUUCACAGAGCUUCCACCUUGUGUGACUUCCCUUUCUCGUCUGUCAGAACUCAUCAUCAGCUUCAAUCAACUAAAUACACUCCCAGAUGCCAUCACUGAGCUUGAGAACUUGAAGGUGCUCUCUGUCAUGUCCAAUCAGUUGACCCAACUCCCCUUAGCAAUUGGGCAAUUGAAAAACCUGGAGAGGCUGUAUUUGUCUGAGAACAAAUUGGAGUCUUUGCCACAAGAUAUUGGGGAACUGCAAAGAUGCAUUGAACUAGACAUAUCUGGAAAUAACCUUAGAAGAUUGCCAGAAACAAUAUGUCAUUUGCUAGCCAUAAAGAAGCUUUAUCUAUGUAGCAAUUCACUUGUUGCUGUACCAGAGAGUCUGGGCCGACUACCUCAUCUGUUGUUACUAGACCUAAGGAACAAUCAUUUGCGUUGUGUGACUGAUGAAAUCAGAAAGUUUGGACGCCUGGAAGGAAACCCUAUAGGGUUACCAGAACCCUCUUCUUCAGAUGAAGAUGAUGUAUCUAAGCUGGAAUUAACAGAACUCCGUCUAAAUGCUGGCCAGAGCAGUUUUUCAGUCACCCCUGCUGGUUGCAGAGUUUUCAUUCCCAGAGGCCCUAACCUCUACUUUCCUCCUGGAGCCGUCUCUUUUACAGUCACCAUUCACUUCCAAAUAUUGCCCCCUGAUUCUCAGCAGGUGAGAUUGGGGCACCAUGAUGUAGUGCUUAGCAAUAUUCUGGAGCUGCAGCCUCAUGGGAUGCUGUUUCAUCAGGAUGUUGAAAUCUGCAUUCCCUACAUAACUCCAAGGGCAAGACAAAGGGAAGAACGGGAGGUGGUGAUAAGAACUUUUGAUGGCCAAACUUGGACUGACCUGUUUAAUAAAACACCUGCGACAGGCGGCAACGAGAGGCAGGCCAGCUGCAAAGUUUCUCACUUUUCCUGGUUUCUGGUGGUGUCACGUCUGGUAGAAGAUCGUUGUCAGGUGCCUAAGGAAGGAAUGCGCCUCUUUUCCAGUGUGAACAAUAGUAUUCGAGUUGAUUUUCCUGAAGGUUCUACAGUGGAGACUCGAACAGUUAGCAUGCAAGUUUUGCCUGUGAGCGAUAGUGAGUUACAUGAAAUUAUAGGAGACUCUGAGCCCAUCGUCAGUCCUCUCCUGUGUCUCUCUCAGAGCUCAGCAGCCAAUUUCCUGAGCCCGGUUAAAAUUCAGCUUCCUCUUCCAUCAGGGAUCACAGGUGACACUCUAAAACACUCCCACUUGCAUCUCCUCCACGGGGACCCACAAGCUCAGAUCUGGACUGACAUCACAAAUCAAGUGUUUUUAGAGACAACCCAUAUUUAUGCGCGUUUCCAAGUGAAUCAUUUUUCUUGGUACUGGCUUUGGUACACCACGAAAACAUAUGUGGAAGAUGUUGCAAAGAAAGUUUACAAGCGCCUGCGCAUGUACCAAGUCAACUUUGUGGCUCUGCAGAGGAAGAGGGAUCCAGAACAGGUGUUACUGCAGUGUGUGCCAAAGCACAAGGUGGACGCCACAGUAAAGAGGCUGCAAGAGAGAUAUAAAGGUCCAGAGCCCUCUGAUUUGAUAGAACUUGUUGAAGGAGAAAAUUUCUUUGCAGCAUUUGAACAAGGUCUCCAGCUGCACUCAGACCGACCUGAUUGUGUAGAAGGCAGAUUAUCCUUUAUUUUCUACUCACGCAUGAAAAAUAUCAAGGAAGUUUAUGUGACAUCCUCUGCCGAUAGGAAGGAAAGAGACGUCAAAGGGCAGGUGUCUUUUUAUCGUGGGCCGGUACCUGAAGGCUUGCCUGAAGAAGUCAGAACUCACAGAAGGGGUCCAGAUUCUGAUUGGAUGGCCACACUGCCAAUCAAACUACCUAAACUGAAGGGAAAGAAUGGAGUGUAUGAGCCAGGAAGCAAUGGUCGAUCAUUACCCCCUCUUAAUCUAGGCAAUGCUGAGACUGGUUACCUUACAGAAACAAAUCUGCUAAGUAUUGCUAGAAGGAUUGGAGCAGAUUGGAGGACAAUUGGCAUGAACCUGGGCCUAAGCUACAAUGACCUAGAGCGAAUUGGUUAUAACAACAGGGAAGAUUUAGACAAACAAAUCUUGGACAUGCUGUUUUCAUGGGCCAGAGUAAAUUGUGAUCAGCAGGAUUGCAUAGAAAGACUUGUGCAUGCGAUGCAGGAGAGUAACCGCCAGGACAUCGCAGAGGAGAUCCAAGCAGUGGUGACCUUGGGAAAACAGAAAUACUCAAAGUCCAUCCGUAGGUUGGGCUUGGACCAAGGGAAUAGCAGUGAAGAUUCUGCCAUAGCUAUGAGCCAAUCAUGAGCUGGGAAAAUCUCAGCUGCACUUACAACAUCCGGUCUGAAACCACAUGACAUGGACCAUUUUGGAAAUAUAUUUAAAUAUUUAAAUAGCAAUAUAUUUUCUACCAAUAUGUAGAAGCUGUAUUAUAUUUUCCCUUGAUUAUUAUGUGACAGAAUAUUUGUUUUUUGACCAACAUGUCAAUGAGGGUUGUGUCUUUUAGAACAUGAGGCCGAAUUAUCAAAUGUCUGUCGGACCUGAUCCAACAGUGCGGAUCAGGUCCGACAGACAUCGCUGAAUGCGGAGAGCAAUACGCUCUCCGUAUUCAGCAGGGGGGUGUCAGUCACCAGAAACACGGUCCCUCAAGCUCGUACGGAGCUUGAUAAAUGGGCCUUCUUGUCUAAGAAUUUGCACUUUGACUGUGACUUUAAUGUAGUGACUUUUUUAUUUAACACAGAAACAUGGAACAUUUUUACCACCUAUUUUUGUGUUAUUAUAUAUUCCCCAAUGGACCAAUAAGUAUUGGGAACCUGUGCAUGUGAUAUUUCUAUAUAGAGAGUAUAUUGUUAAAAAUGUGUGAUACACUAUGGAGAGCACUUGUGCACUGGAACAACUCUAUAAGUGUUUAUAUAUAUUAUGAUUUUUAUAAUGCAGAAGUGUACUGGAUUUUAUGUAUAAUAUUUACAGUUAUUAUUUCUUCAUGAUCCAUAAGUAGCUGGCUACUUCUCAUCACCUUAGAUCUACUGAAAUUGCAGUUUUCCAAUAUAAAAACUGACACUGGUAUCUCUAUUCUGUUACAAACAAGGUGCAAAUGAUAGGUAAUGCAGAAGUGCUUAACGCUAUCUGAUAAUAUAAACUUGACAUAUAAUUGUACUCAAAUAUGCUGUAAUAUAAAUGUUUGAUUAUGUGAAGUAAAAACGUAUACAUUAUUAUUGAUUUAGUUUCCUUGUCCUAUAAUUUCACCCCUUGCGCUAAUGCGAGGUAGAUCUACGUCAUGUGGUACAUAGCCCAUCAUACCACAUAAUGUAGAUCUACGUCAUGCGGUACAUAGCUCAUCAUACUGUGUAAUGUAGAUUUGUGCCAUGUGGAACAUAAACCAUUGUACCGUGUAAUGUAGAUCUACGUCAUGCGGUACAUAACCCAUGGUACCGCGUAAUGUAGAUCUACGUCAUGCAGUACAUAACCCAUGGUACCGAGUAAUGUAGAUCUACGUCAUGCGGUACAUAACCCAUGGUACUGCGUAAUGUAGAUCUAAGUCAUGCGGUACAUAACCCAUAAUACCCCGUAUUGUAGAUCUACAUCAUGCGGCACAUAACCCAUUAUACCCCAUAAUGAAGAUCUACGUCAUGCGGUACAUAACCCAUUGUACCGCGCAAUGUAGCUCUAUGUCAUGCGGUACAUAACCCAUUGUACCGUGUAAUGUAGCUCUAUGUCAUGCGGUACAUAACCCAUCAUACCGUGUAAUGUAGAUCUAUGUCAUGCGGUACAUAACCCAUCGUACCGUGUAAUGUAGAUCUAUGUCAUGCAGUACAUAACCCAUCGUACCGUCUAAUUUAGAUCUUUGUAAUGCGGUACAUAACCCAUUAUACCCCAUAAUGAAGAUCUACGUCAUGCAGUACAUAACCCAUUGUACAGUGUAAUGUAGAUCUAUGUCAUGCGGUACAUAACCCAUCAUACCGUGUAAUGUAGAUCUAUGUCAUACGGUACAUAGUCCAUUGUACCGUGUAAUGUAGAUCUACGUCAUGCAGUUCAUACUCAAUCAUACUGCGUAAUGUAGAUCUACGUCAUGCAGUACAUAGCCCAUCACACUGCGUAAUGUAGAUCUAUGUCUUGCUGUAGAUAGCCCAUUGUACCGCAUAAUGUAGAUCUACGUCGGACCUGAUGAUGAUGUGUUCAACAUUGUUUUUUUUAAUUUCACAUGAUUCAAUCAUCAUUAAAAAAGACCCAUUGAUUUUGUUGGCAUGUGCAAAGCUAUUUUUUUUUUCCGGUCCUAGCAUGUGCAGAUCAGUGGUUGAUAUCAUUCAUACUGGUAUAUCUGGUGGGUGCUGAGCAAAUAUAUUCUGUCUGUCUAUUUUGCUGUUAAUAUUUAGUCUAUAACUUGUGGUCUGGUGAAUUGUGAUAGUUCAGAUGUUGAAAAAGGCAUAUCAGGAGCUGAAAAACAUGAUGAUCAAGUUUGAAAUUAAGUAGUAUGAUAUAUCCAAAGAAUUGGAUAAACGAUAGGGGGCGUGUAAAAAAAUUACCAAAAUUUUGAAAUCAACCCCAUAAUGACUGUGGCUAUCCUUGUCUACUCCGGUAACAGGUCUGGAUUGGCUCUUCCAAAUAAGGCAUGUGUUGAGUAGAAUUUGGCUACUGAAAAACAAUUGCAGCUUACAAAUAUUUUUAAACUCCCCAGUAUGUUAGUUUAUUGCAAGCCUACAGAAAAAGUCCUGUAAUUACAAAGGGCUAGAUUACGAGUGGAGCGCAAAUUUGUACUCCCGCGAGUACUUUAUCUGCACUCAACUUUUUUUUACCAUUGCGCACGUAUUACAGGUCAAAAAUAAAUCAUUUGGGCUCUAGUGGUCACAUUCUCACGCAGAGAAAAAGACUUUACAAAGUUGCGGCACAAUAUCAUAUUUAAAAUAUGCAUAACUAACUUUGUUUAAAAAAUGCUUACUUAUUUUUAUGGUGGUGUUUACACUCCGGCUGGAGUGCUAAAUACCGCUCCAAUUGUAAUCUAGCCCUUUGUGUUUUAGGAGCUAGAAUACUGGUUCAUUAGACAAAAUUUAUUAAAACUGUUUUAUCCACUAAUAAAAAAUGAAUUUUAUUGAAA